AUAAUUUCUUUAUGUUUGGUACAUUUUUCAAAUUGCACAUUAUCCUAACUCUCAGUUUAAAUAUAUAUUAUAUUUCAAGCCAGUGAUUGGAAAGUAGCGUGAAAUGUGCCUUUUGAAUGUCUCACCACAGUGAUUUUGUAUAACUAUAUUCAAUCUGUAGUUAAUCAAAUAAUAUUUCAGUGGAUGAAACAAGAACAUAAAUAAUUGAGGGAUUUCUAAAGGGCAUUGUAAUUGGAAAAUUACUAAAUAAUAUCACAAUUAUAGCCAAUUAUAACUCUACAACCCUAUGUUAGCAUGAAAAUGAUUUUCUUUUUGUCAAUAACUGAUUGAAGAUAUGACUCUUCUGUCUUAUUUGUCACGUCUUAAUGGGCAAAGAACAAGAAAUAUGCAAUGCGGGGAUGAUGUUACCCAUAGAAAUGGACAAGGUGCAGAUAGACCUGUCGACCGAUGCAAAGAAUCUGAAUUUAAAGGGUUCAAAAUUCCUCCCUUUUAGUGUGAGUGACCGUGAGAGAGAGUCAGAGUGUUAUAUUCCUGGUUAUCUCGGACGUUCAGGGGUAUUUUCAUGGGGCAAACGAUCUUUCAGCUAUUUCUCAGGGGCGCAGGGCAAAGAGGAGGGAGGGGAAGCACAGCCGACACAAAAGGCAACAUUAUUCCCCGGCGGAUCUGCGCUACAUCCCGUUAUGAAUGGAGUAUUGAAAAAUACAACAUUGGGGACUAGAUUAUUUUUCAUCCCUCAUAACUGAACCAUUUGUCCCAGGGUUUCGAGCGGUUUGUUAGCACGCUGUGCCCAAUGGAACAGCCAUGGUGCUGGGCUGCUCUGCAUUAAAAUCCCUGCUUCCUAAUUGGACAGCACAAUGACCUCUGGUUGCCUCUGCUCUCCACAACCUCCUCCCUCCUGCCUUUCACCUUUCAACUUAAUGUCAUGGCCUUCCAUACAUGCAAUAUGGCCGUCAAUACAAUUAAAUUAAAUAACACAGGGUAGAGGCUCCAAAUGCAUUGGCCAGGGUUAGUGUAGUUGAACAGGGUCAAGGUUAGCGGGUUUGUUAAGCUGUUGAUUGGUGCUGAAGGGUGUUAGAGGAGGAUACUUGGCCUCACUGACCUGUCAGUGUAUUUACAGUGCAUUACAGUAUCUGCUAUGGUAAUAUACAGUGUAGCUACACUAUACUACAACAUAUGGGCAGAAUCCAACUGAACUGGACACAUAUCUACAGGUAGAGGAGCAGGUGAAUUUGGUCUUGCCACCCUCCCCUUCUAGCUGCUGCUUACCCCCUCUCCUCCUAUUCUCCCAGGAGCCGAGAGGCGCCCCUGUGGUGUCAUCGGCUGCCUAAGCGUUUCGGAGAGUUCCAGUGACAGAUUGCAGGAAGCAGCGUUUAGGCCUGACGAUCGGGACCACAGACAGCAGAAAUGUCUUUUUGUUGGCCCCUGGGCUCGGAAUGUCCACUAUCUCCAGGGGCCAAUAUCAUAUUCUCCUUCUCCCCUCAUCAUCCGUCCCCAGUCCCCAAACUAACUAGUACACAUUCCUUUGUAAGGUCAAAGAGGCUUUUGGUCCAAUACAAAGACAAACAACCAACCCAAAAGUCUGAUCAGACAUAGGCAAAACAAGCAUUUUCCUAAAAAAAAGACUUUUGAAAAUAUGUCACAUUUAGAUUGCUUACCGCUUUAUCAAACAAUUAUACAAACCAAACUUUUCUUCAGAAUUCAGUGGAUAAAUAUGAGCAUGAGGAUGUGAUUUCAGGACAAUGCAAUUAAAGAGUUUAUUACAGAAGUCAGUCAGACCUAUUUUGAAAAACAAACAUCCCUCCAGGCAAGAGCUGUUUGUUGGCAAAAUCAAGAGAAAUCAAGCAGCAGCAGUUUGCAAUGUUUCUUGCUGCUCCCUAUGAAACCAGAUUCUUUGGUCACGCUUUUUUGUGCUUCCUAGUAUAGCAGGUGGUUCAGGGCAGGGUACCGGAGAAAGAAGCUGUUUAUCAGUCUCUUAGUCCCAGCUUUGAUGCACCCGUACUGUCUACGCCUUCUAGACAUACUGUAUAACUACUGGCGUCCCUUACUUACUGCCCUCCGAAGUACAGAAUAGACAAAUUUGAAAAUAAAAUAUAAUGUUUGCCACUCUGUUGGGGUAGCGGUGGCACAUGUCCACUCACUGCCACCUGGGUGAUGCAUGGCACUGGUAUCCAUUUUGUACCAGCAUGCUCACCACAGGUCACAACAGUUUCUCUGUGCCCAGUGUUUUAGCAGCCAGCCAGUGUGCAGUGGGGUGGGGUGGGGUGGCAGUGUAGUAGGCAGCUAGGCAGCCAUUUUGGCCUGGGGAAAUGGGCCAGUCGGCUUCAUGCUCCAGCAGGUCCUGGGGCACACUGGGAGUUGUUUUAGUGCCAAUCAAUCUGGAGUGGACACAAAGACAAAAAAAAUGAAAAUCUGAAGAGUUCAUUGGCUGACUGCUACCCCAAAUAUAAAAUGAAUCCCUUAAACUUAUUCCAUUUUAAAUCAACCUUAAGUAUAUCCUACACAGCAUGGUGUGCCCACUCACACCUCUCCUCUCCAUCACUGGAACACACACACACACACACACACACACACACACACACACGCACACGCACACACGCACACACACACACACACACACCGGUUUCAUUUCAGUGCAUGGUUUUUGGAAACUAUUUAUGUUCCAACUUCCAACCAAUAAGCUUCACUUGCCUGAUACUAUCAUCGAUACUAACUCCCCACUACUGUAUAGUCAUUUGGCUGCAGGGGGUUGCACUAGAAACAGCUAUCCAAUACUAUGUUGGGAAUACAAUGUUAUUGAUUAUGAGUAGUAGCAGUAGACUAGUGGUGGGCAGUGAGUACCAGUAUUAGGGGUCCAGGACUGUUUCAGCAGUGAAGAGAAACAGAAAAAGGCAGGAAGGUAGGUAAUGUGUGUGUGAGAGCGACAGAGAGACAGAGACGGAGAUAGAGUCCAGUGCACUGAUUGGUUGUGUGUGUAAGUGUGUGUUCCACCAGGCACCCAGACUGAUUGGAGCGUCAGUCAGACAGCGAGCCAUGCGAGGGCAGCGCGUAGCAGAUUGUGUGCGUAGACCAUGUGGAGGCUGGACAGUGGUUGUCUGGCUGCUGUUGUCCCUGCUAGGUUCCCUGCUACUGGUGGGCAUCAGUGGGAUUCUGCAGAUCGGUGAGUAUAUGACCAAAAUCAGCAGACGAGCCAUAUCCACCAAUAGCACGACGACGAUGACUGCCAUGAAGACAACGCAUUCUCAAGUGCGUCUGGUGAACGGGCGUAACAGGUGUGAGGGGCGUGUGGAGGUUUGGCACAACGGGACAUGGGGUACAGUGUGUGAUGACGACUGGGACAUGGUAGAUGCCAACGUGGUGUGUCGGCAGUUGGACUGUGGUCUGGCCAUGGCGGUGGGCAGCAUCUCAGAGUAUGGCCAGGGCUCAGGGCCCGUCCUGCUGGACAAUGUAGACUGCAAAGGAGGGGAGACAGACCUGGGACAGUGUGGAAGUCUGGGCUGGGGCAUCCACAACUGUUACCACUAUGAGGACGUGUCUGUCACAUGCAAAGAUACAUCAGUGCUGGAGUCACGGGGCAUGGGCGAGCCCACCACUCCGUCUAGGAGAAACUCAGGGUUAAGAGAUGGUACAAUCCGGUUAGUUGGUGGACUGGACUACUGCCAGGGACGGGUGGAGGUCUACUACCGUGGCAGCUGGGGGACGGUGUGUGAUGACGACUGGGGUAUGAGAGACGCAGGGGUGGUGUGCCAGCAGAUAUACUGUGGCCAUGCCAUUUCCUCCACCACCAAUGCCUAUUUUGGCUACGGGACAGGCCUGAUUCUACUGGACAACGUCAACUGUAAUGGCUACGAGAACCAGCUGAGUAAGUGCUACAGCCUGGGCUGGGGGAUACACAACUGUGGACAUCAUGAGGACGCUGGGGUUAUCUGUUCAGGCUCAGGAUCCACUACCGUUCCUCCUAUGAACACUGAAACCAUGGGCAUGGGAAGGGGAUUCUUUCAGACUGCCAGCACUGCAGUAACCGACCAAACAGAAUUAGUCACCGAAGCAACUACGGCUGUGACACCGGUUGCUAUGACAACGAGAGAGCGGCCCACCAUCCGCGUGGUGAAUGGUAACAGCAGCUGCCAGGGCCGUGUGGAGGUGUUCCACAACAACCAGUGGGGCACGGUGUGUGACGAUGACUGGGAUCUGCCCAAUGCCCAGGUGGUGUGUAGGCAUCUGGGCUGUGGCCCUGCCAUCUCUGCCAAGGUCCUGGCCUACUUCGGCUACGGCUCGGGCCCCAUCCUGCUGGACAAUGUGGACUGUAGGGGCAGUGAAGGGGAGCUGUCGGCUUGUUUCCACCUGGGCUGGGGACAGCACAACUGUGGACAUCAUGAAGACGCUGGAGUCAUCUGUACACCCUUUCAGCUUGUGGGACCUGGAAAUGACUUUGGGAUGACAGAGAGAACGCCCACCACUAGACCACCAAGUGAAGGCCUGGCGAGGUUGGUGGGCGGGCAGCACCGCUGCGAGGGCCGGGUGGAGAUGUUCUCAGGGGCGGAAUGGGGUACGGUGUGCGACGAUGCCUGGGACAUGCCUGAUGCCCAGGUGGUGUGUCGCCAGCUGGGCUGUGGGGAGGCUGCUACGGCCCGUGUGGAGGCCUUCUUUGGGCCCGGCAGCGGCACCAUCCUCCUGGACAAUCUGAAGUGCAGCGGCUCUGAGGCCUCUCUCCAGCAGUGCUCCCACAUAUCCUGGGAAGUGCACAACUGUGACCACUCUGAAGACGCCGGCGUCACCUGCUCACUGUCGUGAUUCCAGCAGUGAUUCGCCGCCAUGGAGCCGCCAAACUCCUCCCAAAUCCACUGCCAACUAAUAGGACGGGCGCCAUGGGUAGCACAACCCGGGACUUGUAAACAUUAUGUAAAUAACAGCUCAUCCCAAUGCCAAACAUAAGGAAGACUACAGCAACAACAAACAAACAAGAAAAGAAACUAACAUAUGAUGAUAUAUGAUUAAAUAUUAUAAUAAUCUAUUCCUAUUAAGCACUUUAUAAAUAUAUAUAAAUAUAUAUGAUAUAAAAUACGCUGUACACAUUUUUUUAUAUAUUUGAUAAACAGUGGAAACCAACGUUUUAAACCGA